AUGAACACAAGUCACAUGCCCACCCGUUUUCAUAGAAAGUGGACAGAGAAAUUUAACAAACGUGUCCACCAAUCACAACAACAGGCGGCAAAGGCAGCCAUACUAGGCACCGUGACCCCUGGUUCUUUGCUUAAAGAUGAGGGCGAGCGCGUUACGCAACAGCAGAUUUGCUCUCAAGUAGACAUCGGUUCAGCAACGAAACGCUUUGAUAUUCAGUUACAAGGUGGACCAUAUUCCAUCGAUUACUCGAGGAAUGGACGGUUUCUGGCUUAUUGUGGUAAAUCUGGCAACGUCGCUGCCUUCGACUGGAUGACGAAAAAGCUGCUGUUUGAGAUGAAUGUUGCGGACACUUGCAAGGACAUCAAGUUUCUUCAUCAGGAAACAUUUAUCGCAGUUGCCGAAUCCAAAACCACCUCAAUCUACGAUAAUCAAGGCGUUGAAUUACACUGUCUAAAACAACUUCAUCAGAUACUUCGUUUGGAGUUUCUUCCUUAUCAUUUCCUACUUGUAUCUUCAGCCGCCAAUGGCUACCUGUAUUAUUUAGACUGCACGGUUGGCUCUGUUGUCUCUUCAAUACCGACAUACGCUGGCCGUCUCGGGGUCAUGUGCUCUAAUCCGACGAAUGCAGUGAUUCUUCUCGGACAUCACAAUGGAUCUGUGUCAUUCUGGGUACCCUCGGAAAACCGUGCCGUUGUAAAAAUGCUCACUCAUCAAAAUGGUCUGACGGCCAUCUCUUGCGAUCUCACAGGAAACUAUUUGGCCACUUGUGCUCUGGACCGAAAGCUUAAAAUCUGGGAUAUUCGUUCUACCUAUGAUCCGUUAUCUGAAAUUAACCUUCCUCUAUCGGGUACCAGCUUGGAUUAUAGUCAACGUGGUUUACUGGCUCUCGGAGCGGCGAACACCGUCCAAGUGCUAUCCGACCCUCACCUCGGCUUCUCUGGGUCAGAGCUACAGCCAGCCUCUGCUGUGCAAGAGACGAUCGCGGAUGGCGUCAAUCGUCGCGUGCUCCGCAGUGCCUAUCUAUCCCACUAUGCUGUUCGGCCUGUUCACCGAGUUCGCUUUUGCCCUUACGAGGAUGUUCUGGGUUUGGGCACCAAUGGUGGCAUCUCCUCUCUUCUUUGUCCUGGCAGUGCUGAACCCAAUUACGAUGCACUGGAAGAGAAUCCAUUCGCAAAUAAACGCUAUCGCCAAGAAAGGGAAGUCAAACGAUUACUUGACAAGAUCCCUUAUACGAUGAUCUCCAUGGAAUCGUUGGUCGGUAAGGUUCGACGCGAGGACAUCUUGGAGGAGUGGGAGAAGAAGAAAGCUGCUCUGCUUGGUCUGCCUGUGAGCGUUCCGAUGCCUGAAGUGAAGAGGACCAAGAGGAAAGGUCGCUCGAAGUCCAGUCGCAUCGAAGCUAAAAAGCAAAACAUCCGCUUUGAACGUAAAAUGUUCAGCAUCAAACAGGCUCUAGGUGUAACGGAAACCAAAACCAAGGGCAAACAAAAGCAACCUUCUCUCCAAUUGAAAGAGACGGAAAAAUUGGAAAAGCCUAGCGAUUUGUUGGUGUCUCGUAAGAAGUUGUCCAAGAAACGCCUCAGAUCCGCACUUGAUGUAUUAAUUCCCCCAAAAGAUUAA